GAAAGCGUCUCUGUUUUCUUCGCGCACUCGAAGCAAUGGCUUUUCACUCAUAAGUUUUCAACUGACAUUUGGAAAUAUCAAUGAAGAAGCAAGGCGCUCGUUUCCUCGUGAAAAUCGAGUUUGGCUGACUUAACUGUGGUAACACACUGGUCGUUUAAAACACUUGGCGGGAACAGCACAACAGAGCUACAAGAUGCUGUCACACAACUCUGCUGCUUCGCGCCUGACCCAGGAGGAACUUGCUCUGGAGAGCCAGGAGGACAACCACUCCUCGGAUGAAAGUGGUGAAGACAGUGAGGACGAACGUAUCCACUUUGAGCUUCGUCUUGACCCUGAUGAGGAUAUAUGUGAUGAAAACGAGGAGAACAUUGCACCUGCACCACCAAGAAAGAGAGCAAAGUCUCAGCCCAGACAGGUUCCGUUGUCAUGGAAGACAGAAAAAGAUGAUGAUGAUGCCACUCCAUCAACACUGCCGUUUCUUCCUGCAAGGGAGCCUGGUGUGCAGCUGAGUGCAGCAGACAACCACACUCCUCUGGACCUCUUCAAGUUGUUCUUUCCAGAGGAUGCCGUGGAAACCCUCUGCCACAACACCAACAAGCUGCUAGGAACAUAGCCAGAGGUGCCAAGUACAGAUGGGUGGAUGUUGGAAUGACUGAAUUCUACAAAUACAUUGGAUUGGUAUUUUACAUGGGCAUGAUCAAGCUGGAUCACAUAACUGACUACUGGAAGAGAAACACCAUCUUCUCCGUCCUUUUCCCGGCAGAGCUGAUGGCAAGAGACAGAUACCGAACAAUAUCCUGGAAUGUGCACAUGAGCGACCCAGAUGAGGACAGAGUGAAUGAUGCCAAGAGGGGAACCUCAGCACAUGACCGACUGUUCCGGCUCAAACCCCUUAUGAACACUAUCCAGAAUGCCUGUAAGGCAUUCUAUCAUCCCCGCAGGAACAUUGGUGUGGGUGAGCGUAUGGUGGCUCGCAAAGGACAUCCUAUGAGGCAGUCCAUGAAGGACAAACAAACUAAGUGGGGUUUCAAGUUGUUUGUGCUAGCAGACUCCAGCAAUGGGUUCACUCUGAACCUUUCUGUAUACAAUGGAAAGAACAACUUCCCCACAGGGCAAGGCCUCUCUUAUGAUUCUGUCAUGUCACUGAUUGACAGAAGGUAUUUGGGGUCUGGAUACCACGUGUACAUGAACAAGUUCUAUACAAGUCCAAAGCUUUUCAAGGACUUGUAUGCCUCUAAGUUUGGUGCUUGUGGAACAUACAGAGAUUCCCGGAGGGACUGCCCACGUAGUGAUGUCAAUGCACUGACAAAGAAGUCCCCUAGAGGAACGUACCGCUGGAUAAGGGAUGGUCCUCUUCUGUAUGUGGAAUGGAUGGAUGCACGACAGGUGUCUGUAUGCUCCACCAUCCAUGCAGUCUACACUGGGGAUGCAGCAAAGAGAAGAGUGAAAUCCAGACAGGGUGUCUGUUCCUCACAGUCCUUUCCAUGCCCCUCACCUGUGGUAGAAUACAACAAGUUCAUGGGAGGUGUGUAUUUGUCAGACCAGUUGAUCCAGUAUUACACAGCACAGCACACAACUGUGAAGUGGUACAGGAAACUCUUUCUUCACUUCCUGGAUAUUGCUGCAACAAAUGCCUACCUUCUCCACAAAGAACUCAUGCAAAAUAUGCAGAAGAACAGCAUGACCCACAAGGCUUUCAUGGAGGAGCUCAUUGCACAGCUGUGUGGUGUGUCACUGAAGACUCCGACACAAAAGGCUCCUGUAAAGAGCUCCAGCCAAGUUCACAAGCCAGUUUGUGAGGCUGAGCUCAACACCGAUGAUGGGAAGAAGGAACGUGUUAACCGCAAGACCUGUGCAUACUGCAGGAUGCAUAGGGGAAAGCAAACAAAAACCCCUUGGAAGUGCAAAGCAUGUGAUGUCUACCUUUGCCUUCUACCAGAGAGAAACUGUUUUGAUGCUUGGCAUCCUGAGGAGGACUGAUUAUUUAUUUCUGUAAUCUAUUGAGUAGCCUACAGCUGAAGAGGCCAUAUUUAUGAAGAGACCAUACCUUUAUACCCUUUUGGACUGUCAAACCUGAUGGUUGUGGAGGACAGAGAGGCACAAUGACAUUCCAGGGCCAUGACCUAUUGACCAUUGUCUUUGACAGAUGGGCCUUAAACAGUGACAAUGGGGAGGGCAAUGAGGGGUGUUUACACCUAUCUCAUCAAUAUUCAUUGUGUAGGGACACUGGUUUUGGAGAAUAAAAAGUUAUUAAUAUUUAGUAGUGAAACCAUUUACAAUUUCUGAAUGCUGAAAUCACCUGUGUAGCUAUGCCUAUGUUUGCUAGGUUCAGAGUUUAAAAGUCUUGGCCAGAAAUCCUUACAAUGUGUUUUUUUUUUUACAAAGUCUGAGCACCUCUGAAAGUGGGUUUUUGUA